GCAGCUGUUGUUGCUUGUUAAAAUGAUACGACCUCAACCUCAGACCAUCGAACACAAAUACUCAUUAUAGCAGAUAUCUGAUACAAAAAAGCCCGUCAAUACAUGCUUAAGCAGGUGUGACCUGUAUCAGUGGUAGCUAUUACAAGAAGAUAUUUGGUGGCAUCACGUUCUGGUCCACAAUCCCAGACUUCCCCCCAAAAUAUCAUUCAUUCAAGACUCAAACGGUGGCAAUUGUGAUACACUUCCUUGCAUAUUAAUGACGAAAACGGAACAUUGAGGGCUCUUGAAAUGGCGCAGACGGGAACUUUCUCAUGGGUCAGUGAACGUCCUCAUAUAUCACACCCGAUCACUCCGAAUCAGAAGCCCCACUCAAAUUAUCGUCCUCGAAAAUCCAAUACCAAGUCUAGGAACGGCUGCCAUAAUUGCAGGAAGCGCAGAAUAAAGUGUGAUGAAGCAAAACCAAGCUGUGGACAAUGUUCAGAUCGACUACUUGGGGCCGUUCAGUGUGAAUAUCUCAUCCCACAAAAGCCAGUCAUGAAGGGCCAAUUACCGUCGGAACAACAAAUAUCGACCGGACGGAUCUGUAGCACAUCGGUCAGAGACCAAAUCAUCUCCUACCUGGAAAAGUCAGAAGUUCCGUGCUCGCACUUCAAAGACCCCAUCUACAAACCAGGUGAUACUCUUGAGCUAUUAGACCACUUUACUGGAGUCACUACCCUUUGGAUUGGAUCUCAAUCAUUUCAAAAAAUAAUCCAGCAGCAUGGGCUAAGGAUUUCUCUCAGAGCUCCUUACCUAAUGCAUGCCAUUCUUGCUUUUUCAGCAAGCCAUCUUCAUUAUUUACACCCAAAAGAGAAGAAAUAUAACAUUGCUUUCACAUUACAUUACUCUAAAUCAUUAUCAUCCUACUUAUCAGAGCUUCGGACGAGCUUGAAUUCCAGUAAUGCAGAUGCAAUUAUCGCAUCAUCUUACCUCCACACGAUGCUGACAUUCAGAAAUAUUCAGCCAGAUCAAAAUAUCGAAAUCGACGGAAGCGGACGGGUUACCUGGCUACGUGCUAUGAGAGGGGUGUCAACCUUGUGGGAUACGAACGAUAUGAAUUCUCACCUCCAGGACAGUAUUAUGUUAAAUAUGAAACACGACCCCAAACUUUUAAACGAGGGGCCUUGCAACCAUGACAAGCCGAACGACGUAAAUCCGUGGGCGCUAGAAACAUCCAGAGCGCUUCAUAGGCUAUUUGAAGAGGAGAAUAAUUCAAAAUCGUUCAAGGAUUCUUAUGAACGACCCUUGAGGCACUUAUGUCAACUGAUACGGCUCGGAACUGACCAAGAUACGGUUUGCACAUUUAUGUCGUUCGUGGGUGAACUUCCUGAAUCAUUUAUAAAGUUACUGGAUCAGAAGGACCCAAGAGCUUUGUUAAUUUUAUGUUAUUGGAGUGCCCUCUUGAGUCAAAAAUACUAUUGGUGGGUUAGAGACCCUGCAACUGCUGUUUGUGGUAGGCUUUGCGCAUACUUGGAUAGGAUUCCUGAUGAGGGAAUCCGUAGCCUACUAUAUUAUCCAGCCAGUCUAUGUGGUUAUACGAUGAAUAGUGCACUUUGAAACGUCGUAGACGCACCUCUACGAAUGGAUCGCCACAGUAUCAAUAUACAAAAAGUUUGCCGUCGUCAAUGUGGAAUCUGUGUUUGCAAAAUUCCGAAUCACCCAGGAUAUUAUCGAAAAAAAGAGGCUACAUUAUUCUCAUGCAACGAAUUUUAUCGAAGCAUCAUAUCUACAUCUCCGAAUCUACUGAAACAACCAAUCCAUUCUCCAGAGACCCACCACUUCCCAAAUACCGAAAUUCUCAAAUUUCCUUCAUCAACGCUCCAAUUCUUUUUAAAAGGAUUUGGUAGGGCCUUGGAAAACAUCGCUGCUAUUCAGGAACAGAAAAAUGAUAAUCUCAAGUUUCACCUUAGGGGACCAAACCCGCGUCGAACCACAAGAAAUUCUACCGCCUUGAAGCCA